AUGAUACUGAAAGGUGAAUUGGUAGACUACCUCACAACAAAGGAGUACAUGGAGCCUUGGGAGGUCAAUCCUCGGAAAGUCGAAGGUAAUCAAGUGAAGGUCAUCCAUGCAAUACAUGGAAGGUCGGAGGAUGAUCAAGAAUCAGAGGAGGUUUAUAAGUCCCGAUUGAGAACAACCCAUAAGCUAAAGAGGUUAUCCUCGGUAAACGCUAUCACUUCGGAAAGCGUCAACAUUGGGUUUGGCGAUGGAGAACUAUCCAAAGUUCAACUUCCCUAUGAGGAUCUAUUGGUCAUCAGUCUUUUGGUGGCGAAUUGCAUGAUUAAGAGGGUUUUGAUAAACCCGGGUAACAGUGCCAACAUCAUCACAAAGGCAGUCUUUGAGCAGCUAGAGAUUCCGUCAUCAUCAAUUCGGCACACCUCUAGCCUAUUGAUGGGGUUUAAUAGUACAAAGGUGGACCACCUUGAGGUAAUUGACCUAACCGUAACUGUAGCAAAGAGGACACUGAAGGAGGACUUUGUCUUAACGGAGAUCCACCCUUCCUAUAAUCUCAUUAUAGGAAGAGGCUGGAUCCACCGAAUUAAUGGGGUUCCAUCUACCCUUCAUCAAGUGAUGCGAUGCUUGUCUCCGAACGGUAGAGAGGAUCAGAUGCUGCGCAAGUUCAACAACAAGAAGUUAUGCAGAAAAUGCGCGAAGAUGCAAAUGCAAUUUGAUAUCCUUCGGCAAGCCAAUGAAGCUAGCAAUGGAGAGAUCAUUGCAUUGAAGUAA